AUGCAGAAGAUUCUAUGUGUGGCCGAGAAAAAUUCUAUCGCCAAAGCUGUUGCAGGCCAUCUCGCUGGCGGUCGACUAUCGACUGCAAACACAGGCAAUCAGUUCAUUAAAAAUUAUUCCUUCAAUUUUGAUUUUGGCGGAGAGUUAGGCCUUUGCAGUGUCCUAAUGACAUCUGUGUCUGGUCACUUGACCGAAGCAAGGUUCCCUGACGACUACAAGAAUUGGGAAUAUCCACCACCAGAAAGCCUAUUUCAGGCUCCGGUACGCGUGGUUGUCGAUGCAGCAAAGAAAUCAAUUGCAACAAACAUCACUCAAAAUGCGAGAGGUGCGAGAGCCAUGUUCAUAUGGACUGAUUGUGAUAGAGAAGGAGAGCACAUCGGUGGCGAAAUUCGAGCGGAAGCUCUCAAACAAAAUCCAAGUCUUCAAAUUUUACGAGCCCGCUUUAGCAAUAUUGAAAAGGCUCAUGUUAUCAGUGCCGCCAAAAACCCAACGAGGCUUGAUGACCGUCAAGUUGAUGCAGUGGCGGCACGUAUUGAAGUCGAUUUAAGAAUUGGGCUAGCUUUUACAAGAUACCUCACACUGACACUAAGACCCAUCUGUGGUGCCCUGUCCAAAACUCUAGAUGGAAAAAAUAGGGUGAUUAGCUAUGGAUCAUGUCAGUUCCCGACACUAGGUUUUGUUGUAGACCGCUACUUUCGUGUGAAAAAUUUCACGCCAGAACCAUUUUGGGGCAUCAAAGUUACUCAUCGACGUGAUAAUGUGGAUGUCGUAUUUAACUGGAAACGAGUUAGACUUUUUGACCGUGUAGCCGUCGUGAUCCUAUUUGAACGGUGCCUUGAAGCAAAGAUAGCAGAAGUGAUAAAAGUUCAAGAAAAGCCGACCAGUAAAUGGAAACCUCUUCCCUUAACUACCGUAGAAUUACAAAAGAUGGCGAGCCGACUCCUUCAAAUGAACAGCCAUGAAGCUAUGAAUUGUGCUGAAGUACUCUACCAAAAAGGUUUCAUCAGCUAUCCACGAACUGAGACCGAUAGGUUCGACGGUGCCAUCAAUUUGAAGUCAUUAAUAGAAAAACAGGUACAAGAUAAUCGAUGGGGUCAAUAUUCCCAAGGACUUUUAGACGGAGCCUUCACUUCGCCGCGCAGGGGUCGACAUGAUGAUAAAGCUCACCCGCCGAUACAUCCUGUCACAUGGGUAUCACCAGCAAAUUUGAAUGCGCAAGAAGGUCGAAUCUAUGAAUUUAUAACGCGUCGCUUCCUCGCAUGCUGCUCAGACGAUGCUAAAGGCCAGACAACAAACGUUGAUAUUGGUUACGGGGAUGAGGUCUUCGGUGCACAUGGUGUGGUCGUCUUGGCGCGAAAUUACCUCGAGGUAUAUCCUUAUGAAAAUUGGAAUAAUAGUGUAACUCUACCCAAGUUUACACUGGGUGAACGGUUUGAGCCAUUUGAGGCCAUGAUAUUUGAAGGUAAAACAACAUCACCUGGCUACCUCACUGAGCCUGAACUUAUCAGUUUGAUGGAUGCCAAUGGAAUUGGCACUGAUGCUACCAUGGCUGAGCAUAUCGCCAAGAUAAAAGAGAGGAAUUAUGUGUUUACACGGCUGCGGAGGGGUGGAGGUACUAACACCGGUAACGAAAACGAUGAGGGACCUUCCCGAGGUGGGAACCGUGGGAGGGGCUCUAGGCGAGGUCGGGGAGGGCGAGGCGGGUCAGCUGCUCCGGCGACAAGUCGUGGUGCAAUGGAAGAAUUUAUUCCAUCAACACUCGGUGUUGCUUUAAUUGAUGGGUAUGAUAAGAUGGGGUUUGAAAUAAGUUUAAGCAAACCGUUCUUGAGAAAAGAAAUGGAACUUCGCAUGAAAGAAAUCUGUGAGGGACGGCUGUCACGUGAGGAAAUGCUCCGAGACAGCAUUCGACAGUAUAAGAAAGUUUUUGAACAAUGUACCGAGCAAGCUGAAGUACUUAAAGCUGUAUGUUUGCGGCUCAUAGUCCGAAACUCUGAAUUUUUGAUCGAAGAUAUAAAUGCUGACUUGAAUUGGUUCAUUAUUAGUCAUUCCGGCGCUAUUGCAGUAGUACAAUGGAACACUGACAAGGUUUAUGGAUUGAUAAUGGAUUGA